GCUCGGAGACUGGCUGGUGGGUACCGGGGCCCCUGCUCGCGAGGACCAUUUGCUGGGAGGACAGGAAUACAUCCUUUAUUUGGCUUCGGCGCCCGAAGCGCACCGCUGCCAGGCGGUGCUGGUGCGCACGCCCCUCUCAGGAGCAGAGGAAUGCUGGAAGGCGACGCUGGAGCAGUUCGACCAAGCCAUGUCGGAGACAAACUCGCAGGACUGGGUCUUUCUGGGGAUGGAUCUUAAUCAAGAACCCCAUGCAGUCUCAGAUAGCUUCGUCGGCAUGGGCCUCUUCCGUGCACUGCUAGCCAAGUACGCACUGGAUCUCCAUAAGUCGGUGGGCCCCACAUGGGGGGCCCGAGGAUAUGAGAGUGAAAUCGAUGCGGUUUUCGUAAGAGUCCCUCGAAUUCGAAUGCACGCGCACAAGCGAGAAGAUAUGAAAGAGGCCCUGCCCUUAGACCAUUCGCCCGUCUUUUGCCUCCUCGUUUCCCCCGCUCCCCUGCUGACACGAGGCAAGCGGCCCAGGACAAGGUGUGGGCGAUGGCUCACCGACACACCCCGCAUAGAAGAAUAUGCUGCCUCUGGCAGCACAUUCUGCAUGGACUCAUUUGUGGACCUUUGCAUGAACUCCCGCCGAAUACCAUCUCUUAGGUACAAGGACAGCGAGGCGAUCAAAUUGCAGAUCGCGCUAAGAAGAGAUACGCGGGAUCCCUCGCAACGUGCAUGCAUGCUCAAGCAAAUUAGGGAACAGAGAGCGGAAGCCAAGGCCGCCCAUCAACUGGACAUCUUGGACAGAGCGAAGUCGGGAGAUAGACAGGCGAUCUCCUACCUAAGGCGAAGUGCAGCCCAGAGAACAUUCGAAACCAGCUACAUCGAACAGCAGGGAGGACAACAACAAGCAAGUGCCGACCUCGCCAAGUUCUACAAAGCCAAGUACACCAGCUCCCUCCCUCCUCCCACUAAGGAAGCUGUGGACAGAAUGUUAGCGACCCACAUGUCCGUGCAACCGCAACCUUUUGAUGCAGACGAAUUGACCCAGGCCCUGAUGAGGUGCAAGCGACACACCAGUGCAGGAAUGGACGGGGUUUGCUAUGAGGCCGUCCUGACAUACCACAAAAAGGACGGGAACGGACGCUUGCUGGAGUUUUUCAACAAGCUAUUGUUCAGGGAAAUGCCGCUGCCCGCAGCGUGGCACGAAGCUAAGGUGGUACUGCUGCCGAAGGUCGCGAACCCGGAAGGGCCCGGGGACCUAAGACCGAUCUGUUUGUCGCCCUGCAUGUCAAAAAUCUUUGGGAGGCUAGUUAUGACUCGGGUGGCCCGGCAUUGCCCCCCCUACGUGGGGGGGCAAAUGGGCUGCCGCCCCCGCACCCAAACCGUAGACGGAAUCCUAGCUGCUCAAACGAUUAUUGGCAUCAUGAGACGCAAGAGAGGGGCUGAUGCACACAUUGCCAAGUUAGAUAUCAGGGCGGCGUUUGACUCAGUGUCACACGCAUCAAUCGUGCAAUACCUCACGAUGUGCGCGCCGUGCUACGAGGCGGCACAUCUUUGGGAAUUGAGUCAAGGGAACAGGCUUCUGAUAACACUCAGGACCGACUCUUGGUACGUGCAUGUACAACAAGGGGUCCUACAGGGGACAAGCUAUAGUGCAGACUUGUUCAGUCGCAUUAUCGAUCACUUCUUGGGUGGUCUGCAGGAGAAGUGGAACCGGAAGUUCCCCACCUGGGGUGACGAGGUGUCCCUGCCACACUACCUUUCAUACGCCGACGACGUGUUAUUAUUCGCGGAGUCAGCUCCAGAAUUGCAGCGCAAGCUGCACGACUUGACAGAUUGUUUGGCCGCGAUAGGUCUGCAUGUGAACCACAGGAAAUGCGCGGUCCUCAACGUGGGAGGGGCCACCCCCGGCGUAUGGCCCAGAGGCAGUUGUACUCCUCUGGUCGGGCGCGACUGCCUGGUCUUCUUAGGAGUGCACAUAAACCAGGUGAACACGCCGGAUUUGAUGCUGGUUCACCCCCUGCGCAAGAUGAACAAUGCCUAUUUUGGCAUGAAAAAGCUGCUUGACAGGGCAGAAACAGAUCACCGCACCAAAGCAGUUCUAUUCGAAAGCUACAUCGCAUCGAAAUGGUCUACUGCAGGCGAUUCCGAGGCCCCGCAUGGCAAGUCACUUGGCUCACACGCAUAUGGACCUACAUGGGUCACCUCGCUAGGCUCAGGUACCGUCAAAUCCGGCACCCGCACGAGCCAGAACACUGGGAAUGGUUGGCCAGGGAUCGAGAAGCGUGGCGGGCCAUGCUGCCCCGAUGGAUCGCCCAGGCGGGAUGCCUUGGACGGGCUAUAUCGGAAAGGGGUUGUUCACCUCCAGCCCUGGAGAGCUGAUGCCCGCUGCACUUUGACCGUGUGGGUCACCCACACUCCAGGGGACAUAGUCGCAGGAGUGGAGCCCUUUGCAGUCCUGAAUUUCGUGUGUAAAGUCCUUGAACUGCUGUACGUAACUGAACCGCUGGGGGUAGGAGAAGAGGUUGGCCUGUUGGACAAGCUCUCACUGACUCCGAAGAGGCUCCCGGACAGGUACCCCGCCAUGCCCAAGAAACAACCCCGACUGGAAGCGGAGAUCGCGGCACUCCGGAUCCAACAGGAUGGCGGCUUUGUCACCAAGGAGCAACUGGUGCAAGUGCUCAGGCUCAUCCCGGGGCCCGAAUGGACGCCGCGAUGGGGAGGGAAGUCCUUCCACUUUGGAGCCUUCCAACGGGUCACUACGGGCCAGAGAGCAUCCAGUCGCAGAUAUCCACUGACUACUCGCUUGUGCACCAAGUUUGUCACUCAAUGGAUGCCCGAUGCCAAGUUCACGACUGUCACGGUGCACGACAACGUGGCUACCCCCCCUCACACAGAUGCACGGAAUUCGGAAGUCCCGGGGGGGCUAGUUGCCCUGACAAACUCUUUCACAGGGGGAGAGCUCUGGCUGGAGCAUGACAGAGGGACACAUGCCAGGACCAUCAAAGGCAAGACGAAGUUGGGCAUCAAGGUGGACCUCACCAGCCCGUUCGCGUUCUCUUCCAAGACCGUGCUGCAUGCAACAGUCCCUUGGGUGGGCGACCGGUGGAUCCUGACAGCCUAUAGCAUCGCCAAUGUGGCUGCCAACCUCAGCCCGGAAGCCACGUGGGGCCUGAUAUCCCUAGGGUUUAGGCCCCCUACGCCGGCGGAUGAGGAGCGCUUCAAGUACGAACAGUGGGGGGCCACGAUAUCGCGCCAGUUGCGAUUCACACCGAGGGCCAUUUGGCCCCGAGGGGUCCUCCUGCAACACGGGCCUAUUGAGCCCAUCGAUCUUGAGGGUGACGAAUGCCCGCCUACGAUCGACUUGUUGACAGACUCAGAAUCAGACGCUUGGGCUCACAGCCACCGCGCGCCUAUGCCACUCCGUGUUUUAAUCCCUCCCCACAUGGAUUGGGGGGCAAUGACAUGUGUCUUGGUCGCCGUGGCCACAGUGGUCCUGGCGGCGACGCUUCGCCAGCUUACAGGCGAAUUACGAGCCAUGCGAAUUCAAUCGGAAGCAUGGAGCCGAAUUCAUGACAAUGCCACUCGGCAAUCAGGGCUACUGGACGAGGUCCUCGCGGAGUCAAUCUACAUCCGCAAGAAAAUGAAUGAUGCGCUCAGCUCGUUGUUCGGUGGACUGGAGAUCCGCCGAAACCUACAGUCGCUCCAACAUAUGCACGACCUGCUCCAGACACUGCAUGACAGACGACGCGACGUGGCAGAGGUGCACCAUGUGGGUUUCUUGCGACACCGGCUGGGAGAGCUGUCCGACAAAAUAGAGGAGAUACAGCAUGCAGUGGAGGUGAUGCAAAACUCCCUGGAUGCACUGCACGAAGCCCUGCCAGCUCCGCUGGUCAGCCUGGAUUGA